AUGGAAGAAGCUCUCAGGAGACUCAACGGGUUCACUAACAUGUCGGAAUCGAACCCAAAAGAUAAAUGUACGGAACUGCAGCAGAAGAAAUGCAACAACAAAAGAUGUAUGAGCGAGACUAGUGGUGGCGGCGGCGAUGAGAACAUAAAGUACCGGGGAGUCCGGAGGAGACCGUGGGGCCGAUACGCAGCCGAGAUAAGGGACCCACUGUCCAAGGAGAGGAGAUGGUUAGGUACCUUCGACACCGCUGAGGAAGCUGCCUGCGCUUACGACUGUGCUGCUCGUGCCAUGCGUGGCCUCAAGGCACGUACCAACUUCGUCUGCCCUACUAUCUCUCCUCCUCCUCCUCCUCCUCUCUUCUCUUCUUCUCUCCAUUUCUCCAAGCCAUCUCCACCCUCCAUCAUGGACCUUAACCUCCAUCGAUACGUGGCUUACUCUGAUUGGCCACUGCUUUCCCCCAACUUCUCCUCCUCAUCAUCAACUUCUUCUCUGCAGAAUGUGAGUUUCCUUCGUGACUUCCUCAGUUCUUCUUCUUCUUAUUCUUCAAUCUCUUCGGUCUCACAUGAAGCCAGCAAGCCCAGCUUUGGCAUCUCUGCGUCUGCUAGUCCUUGUUACUUCUCUUCAAAUCCACCCAUGAACACUACUUGCCCUACGCCUACUUCUGACGAGGUUAUGGAUUUCUUUCCUUCAGAGCCUGCUCAUUCUGGUCUGCUACAGGAGGUCGUUAAUGGGUUCUUCCCUAAAUCUGGUUCGUCUUCAAUGAACAGCUCCGACAAGAGCUCAUCUCUCCAGAAUCAGGGGUUUGUGGAUGCAGGAACGAUUAAGAAUAUGGAGAAUAAACAGACUGAGAAGGAGCAUUUCAAUCUCUACUUGGAUUUCCAUGCACAAACUUGCAACGAGCAAGUAAUACCUGUGGGCUAUCCGGUCAUGUCUGGGGGAAUGCCUCAAGAGAUAAUGAAGAACCCCGAGCUUCUUGAUAUCUUUGCAGCAAGAUUCCUGCAGAACGCGUCAGCUCUACCUCAGAUGAAAUCGUAG